GACAAAAUCCAAAACCAAGUACGAAGUGCUCCGGUUGCGUGGUAACGAAAAUUAGAGUUUUUCUCAGAGUCUUUUAUUUUCUUUACGAAAUUUCCUUCUUGUUCUCUAAAAGAAAUCAAGAGAUUGCCGUAACUGAAUCAAUCAAUUACAUAUCUUACGUGUUUUUUUAUAAUUAAAAUAAAUGAAUUUAUAAAAUAUUCAAAUAUUAGGUUAAAAAGCUAAUUAAAACGAAUAAAUAUGUUAAAUUAUUCAAAAUAUGUAUAUUCAAUGCAUUCGUCUGUAUCUAUUUCUAUUUUAAGUAGUACAAAGUAAUUAAGCAGUAAAGAACAUACUUCUUGUCAACACAAUGCUCCGACAAGUCAGGGUAGGUUAGGUGAUAACGCUGUCGAAGCGUCUUUUUGAUCUGUCAAAGAAAUUUCAUUUAUAAUUCACGUUAAUUGGAAGAAACGCUAUUACGAGUUUCUGAGAAACAACAUACGCAUAAUGAUAAAAAUUCGCCGAUGAGGCAAGCGCCGUUGGUUCGAUUUUUAUAGUUUGUUCAGAGAGAGUAAAAAAAAAACAAGGAAAAGAGGAUAUAUGUAGACCUUUCGACGUCGCAUCUCCGUCGUUUAAUCUGCAAAAGUGUAUCGAAAUCAUGGAAACGAUUCUGACCGAAACCACGGAGGAGGCUGGCGAGAAGAUCCAAAUCAAUCCUCCGGUCCAGAUCGUGCGGGUUCCAGUGAAACACGCUAAUCUAGGGAUACGAAGUCAUGCCAUGGACAUGAGCACGAUGGUGGAACUCACGUCGUUUAGCACGCUGGGAAAGAUACAGCCCUUCCUAGUGACCAUCACGACCACCGCAGCUCUGUUAGUAGACUUGCACUGUCACCUAACGGACAAGGAAAUCUGCGGCUACUUGGGCGGCCACUGGGACAUCAAUUCGCACAAUCUUUCCGUAACGUGCGCGUUCCCGUGCCGGUACUCUGGUAAGGACAAGUCGGCCGCGGCGGCCGUGGAGGCUGAGAUCGCUCGAGCCAUGGAGUGGAAACGCGUUACCCUGGUAGGCUGGUAUCACUCCCAUCCACGCUCCCACGCGUCGCCUUCCUUGCGAGACGUGGACUCACAGUUGGACUAUCAGAUCAAGAUGAAGGGUCCUAGCGAUAACGGAUACAUACCGUGCGUCGGAUUGAUAUGCUCGCCUUACAACAUGGACGGCAACUGUUACGAGUCGAACUUCAAUGUCUUCUGGUCUCUGCCACCACCGGAAAACAGACCUCAUGAAUAUCCUCGACCUAUGCUUCUCAGUUACACAUUAUCACAGGAGCACUUUUUGUCCCAGGACACAUUGGAGGAAAUUAGAAGAUGUAUAGAAUAUUAUAAGAGCGAGGGUGGCAUCGAUUUUACUGCCAAUUUUAACAAUAAUACAACGUACCUUGAACGUUUAAGGUGUUCCCUGGCAUCGAAGUUGCCCGGUCGAAACAGAUCGAACAGCUCGUAUUGGGACGUGAUUAGGGAGAUGAUCUGUCCAGGCUCCGAGGAUGGCAGUACACCCGAUUUCCUGACCAUGAAAUUUCCUCUGGUAUCUGCCUCGGAAUCGUUGGGGCCGCCGGUACCGCCUAGUGUAAGCCUCACGGCCGGUAACGCGGCCGUUUUCCUCGCGCCGGUCAACUUCAAGCCCGACGGCGGUGCCAUAAUCACGCCCACGUCCAAGCCGUUCGUGUUGCAACCGUCGACCUCGCGGGACAGCAUCAAGAAGGAUGGCAUAGGCACGAACGACGCCGCGUCGAUCACUCAGAUAAAAGACGGCAAUUCCCUCGUGGGUUCCAAGCAUAUAUCGCCGUCGGAGAUAAUACCGAGCUUCCAGUCGGGCGAGCUCACGGUGUCGGUGAAGAAUGCGAAGUACGACUACGAUUUCGCGCCCGCGGACUUCUCGAAGCUGCCGAACCUGAUCGGCGACGGCGGCGCCAAGUCCCGGACGAAUCCCGACUUCCCGCUGGCGGACAUCACUCAGCAGAUCACCAAGUUCUCGGAUCUGACGAAGCUAGCGAACUUCCCCACGACCGAUCUGGCGAAGCUCUCGGGCUUCUCGAUCGCCGAUUUCACGCGAACCUCGUCGCCCUCGCCAUCCACGUAUAUGCGCAACAUCGCGAAUCUGUUCAGUCCCCUCGGCAAGAUCUCGCCGGCGAAGGACAUGGACGGUACUGAACGCAAGCAGAGCGAUUUCGUCACCGUUGACGCGAUCUCGUCGCCCUUCAAGAGCGUCAGCUCGGAGGCUUGCAGAAGUUUCUCGGUGAGCGCCGACGACUAUACGAACGAUCGAAAGAAACUGGACGUGCAAGCCGACCCGACGAAGAUCGGCAGGUCGGAAUAUCAGGGAACGGAGGAUCUAACAAUAUCGAGCGUCAAAUCUGACUUCGGGAGCAUGCUGGACAUGACGGCGUUGCAUAAGAAACAAUCGUCGCAAUCGGCCGACAUGGGAGAUUCAUUGAAUCUUUCUAAAGAUCGUUUGUCAUUAAAUUGAAGAAGAUCCGAAGCGAAUCGAGUUUUUACUGCUGUUUGGCCGUUAAGAACAUAUUAAUAUUAAUUUAUGCAAA